GUUUCUCAAAGGAAGCGACCAGUGCAACGAAUUGAUGUUGGGUUGAUUGCUCGGGCUGAAAGAUAGUCUGAGUCUACCAUAUCAUAGUGCACAAUUGAUCUUGGUGUUGCCAGUUCAAGAUGGGUUUCACUAAGGAAGAUGCCAUGAUUGGUAUCAUCGGCAUGGGUGACAUGGGCAAGAUGUAUGCCCAGCGCCUGAGCAUGGCAGGGUGGAGGAUAAAUGCAUGUGACAAGCCUGAUAGUUUUGAGAGCCUGAAAUCUGAAUUUGCUUCUCAAAAAGGUGUCACUAUCUAUCCGAAUGGGCACCUGGUUUCAAGAAUAAGCGACUUCAUUAUAUACAGUGUAGAGGCCGGAGUGAUCGACAAGGUAGUCGCGGAAUAUGGCCCAUCUACCAAGGUCGGUGCGAUUGUCGGUGGCCAGACAUCUUGCAAAGCUCCAGAGCUGGCCGCGUUCGAGAAGCAUCUCCCUUCAGAUGUAGAGAUUGUAUCCUGCCAUUCACUCCAUGGCCCUAACGUCAACCCGAGAGCUCAACCACUGGUCUUGAUACAGCACCGCGCAUCGGACGAGAGUCUCCGAUUCGUCGAAAAUGUCCUGUCGUGCUUCGAAUCCAAGUUUGUCUAUCUCACUGGCGAGAUGCACGACCGAAUCACUGCAGAUACACAAGCUGUUACACAUGCGGCUUUCCUGAGCAUGGGCACCGCAUGGCAGGCGAAUAAACAGUUUCCAUGGGAGAUAUCUCGCUGGGUAGGAGGAAUCGAAAACGUGAAGAUCAAUAUCACUUUGCGCAUCUACUCCAACAAAUGGCACGUCUAUGCUGGCUUGGCCAUUCUCAAUCCAAGCGCGAAGAAACAGAUCAGACAGUAUGCUGAAUCAGUGACGGACCUCUACAAGCUGAUGAUCGAGGGUCGCCGAGAGGAGCUUAAGCAGCGUGUCAAGGCAGCAGGCGCAGCCGUCUUUAGAGCAGGCACGGAGGGACAAGACCUGUUGCUAAAAGACGAGGUUCUUGACCGGUUCUCGCUCUCAAAGGGACCUCGUGAGGCGUCGCCUCCUAACAGUCACCUUAGUUUGCUCGCAAUCGUGGAUUGUUGGUCAAAGCUUGGAAUUGUCCCUUAUGACCAUAUGAUUUGCUCUACGCCUCUCUUCCGUCUUUGGCUGGGAGUCACAGAGUACCUCUUCCGUAAUCCCGAUCUGCUUGAGGAGGCAUUGGAUACUGCCGUUGAUGAUAAGACAUUCCGCUCUGACGAUUUGGAAUUUACAUUUGCGGCUCGGGCAUGGUCGGAUUGUGUUUCCUUUGGCGAUUUCGAAUCCUACCGCGAUCGGUUUGAGCGUAUCCAGGGAUACUUCGCUCCUCGUUUCCCCGAUGCCGUCACGCUGGGCAAUGAAAUGAUGAAGACUAUCCUUGAGAAGACGAAGAGCAACUAAACCUGGAGAGGGAAAGAUAACGACAAAAUGAUUAUGAUACAAAGGCAGCCAAGGGCGGGAAAGGGCCGAAUGAGAAUCAUCACGAGAUCAACAUUCUAGGCCUAGGACGAAGGCAUAAUUCCGGGACUUUUACUCUCACAUAUUGCUGAGCUUGUCAAGAUACAACAAUUGGCAACUAUCUAUAUGAUACUGGAAUGCAAGUAAAAAUUUACGCAUUUCCAACAAAUGUUUGUAUUGCAAAUUCUCUUAUCAGGUAGCGUAUACCCCAUAGAUGCGCGGCCCAUAUUCAAG